ACCAUCAAUGCUGGGAAGAGCAUGCUGAAUGAGGACCAGGCGUCCUGUGAGCUGCUGUACGUGAAGAAGCUGAGCAACAAAAAACAGCGCAACUCCACACUGCUGGAAGACAAUGGGGUGAGACUACCGGAAUCAUAGAAUUAUGAGAAUCAGUUCUAGUAAUUAUAAUUAUAUAAGUAGAACACUGGUAAGGCCCGUUGACUGGGUCUACAGCACAACAAUAGGAGAGAGGGCAAAGGAUACCAGCCUGGUCUCAUAGACUAGACGUAACAUAGUAAACGUAAAUCCGGGCCUCUCAAAUUAGUAUGAUAUGUUACAUUUGGUAUGGUUACAUAAGACAGAUGGUUACUUAAUGCAAAAAACAAAAGUAGGGUGGUUGGUCGGGGUGGAUGGAUUGGCGUGUAACGCGAACGUCUAGCGACCCAAAGGUUUCGAGUUCGAAUCAACUCAUGGACAACUUUAGCAUUUUAGGUAUCCAGCAACUUUUCAACUACUUACUACUUUCAUCUACUUUGCAACUACUUAGCAUGUUAGCUAACCCUUCCCCUAACCCUAACCUUUCCACUAACCCUAACCCUUUUCACCCAAUAUCUCUAACGGUUGCCCCAGAGUGAGUUUUCUUAUGCGUGUGAUGUCAGAAUGCACUCAGUGUUCUAUGUGAUUGUUACACAACAGGACAGUUAACCUGCACUGCCCUCAAACUAAGGCAUGCUGCCUGCUAAUGAUCUAUAGGCUGUGUUUCAAAUUGUCAAUUUCAAAUUAUUUUCAAACAACUUUUGUUUUCUAACAACAGUUUGAAUUGAGGUGGGUUCCGCCUCCUCAUUAAUUCACAUAGAAGUAGCCCAUUUCACUGUUGACGACAAUUUAUGUUUGAGGCAUCACUGAGCCAGACAAACUUCUCUCUUCGACGAGAGAUGAAGUAUGCAGACAUUUGCGCAUCGCCAGUCAGAAUAGAACUUCAACACAGUUUUCCCCCUGGCACAUUUUCCGGCUAGCGCGCAUUGCCGUCAUUGUGGUUUUCCUUACUAAUAAUAACUUGGGACGUGUAUUCCUGUCAAAUUAAGUGCCUUAUUAUGUUAGCAUUAUAGUUUCUGUAUAUCGUGUUGUUGUUUCUACUGUAGCACACCGUAUGUAUGUAUGGAGCAUAAUGUAUUUACUGUUUUAUUCACGUUUUCAAAUACUGGUGACAAAUCAUGUAAUCCGAUUCUUGCAUAGAUUGUAAUGGACACAAGAUGUGUGUAAAAUACUUUUUUGAAGGUUGUACUGAUUAUGAUGAGCUAAUGCUAAGCUAAUUGCCAGCUAUGUGUGGCGCCAUGUUUGUUGACAUCAUACAACGCAUUCUGUUUGUCACGUAAAUGCCUGUCAGACCAAAGAUGUUAUAACAAAACGAGGUGAAGGGAUGGUUCACUCGUCUUUCGAGUAAACUUCCAGAAGUGAAUGAUAGAAGUGAAUGAUGGUAGAUGACACACACCCUUCAACAUGCAUACUGCAAACAGACCAAACUCAUCUUGUAACCUCUUAUCUUUGGUUAACACGAAAAAAACAAAAAUGGCAGCACGCACAAACUACCCAUCAUCGGAUUACUUUAGAUUUAUAGAAAGUGUUUUAUUCAAUUAUUUAAUUCACUGGUGAGCUCACCCGUGAUGUGAUGAAUUGUAAAUAGUAAUUGCUAUUAUCUAAUUCAUAUUAUGGUUUCUGUCAGCCGAGAGUUCUAAAUAAGUGUUCUAAUCACACCGGUUUGAGCGUACGCUGCAGUGACCACUGUAGAAUGAUCACACCCGUGUGUUUGCACGUGUCAAAGGGUUAACCUAACUCCUAAACUUAACCUUAACCCUAAUCCCUAGUCUAACUAACGUUAUCCAGCUAGCUAACGUUAGCCACCUAGCUAGCAUUUGUAACAUAUGUUUUGCAAAUUCAUAACAUAUAAUACGAAUUGUAAUUUGUAACAAAUUGUACGAAAUGGGUGAUGGAAAUCCCAAAAUUAAUACAUACCAUACUAAAUGGCGUGUCACGGAUUUAUGUACAGAAUAAUACAAAAUGCUCUGAGACCAGGUUGAGCAUAGGCACAUCCUGGUCCAAUGUUUGUUUUGUUAUAGACUACUGCCCUCAUUGUUAAGGUGGGACCUUUGGUGACACACUGCACUGCAGCAAGGUUUUCACAGGUCUCUCUCUCUAAUAAAACCAUGUCUGUUUAAAUGUCUCCAAUCUCAACUUUGAAGCACCAGACAUCACUGGGUAGCUGGGGAUACAUUUUUUCUCCUGACAAAGCAAAGACAAUUUCAUUAAGACAUUGACCAUUGUGCGCUGCUGUAUUUAGAAACAGCUUUCUGUGGGUCCGUAAACCAAAAACCCACUCACUCACUCAGAGAUGGCCCCAUAAUCUCUCAAAUGUAUUUACACAGCAGUCUAUAGUAUAUAGUACUGUGUCUGUGUUGUGUCGGGUCAAUCCCUCCCAUCCUUCUGGUGGCCUCGCAACCCCCUCCCCUCCUCUAUUCUCCAUGUUUACCCUCUGUCCCUCCUGUUAAUUAAUUACAUCAUCUCUUCUGUGCCCCUCCUCCACUCUAGUCUAGUAAGAGGUAAACAGAUGCCCCAUACUGCUAUCCAUUCUGUGGAUUGGGCUCUUACAGUAGAUAUGCUCUAACCGUCUGACGGGACACUACUACUAUACUAAACACUUUUACUUCUUGGCAUAGAUGUAAAGGAAGACAGUAUAGGUGAGAAGUAAGAUUCACUGGUUGGGUGGAAAUCUUGUUAGUGGGAUUUACUGGCAUGAUGAAAUCCUGUGGAAGUGAAUGAAAUCAAGUGGAAUAUUCACUGUGUCUUAAUCCAGCUUUAGGAUGUUUCUCUGUGGCACAGUAACUGCUGGCAUUGAGCACAUAUUUACAGUGAUAAUGUCAUAAAGUAAGAAGUAUCAGUGGAGAUUUUAGCAUGCAAAUCUUGGUGGGGCAAACUCAAAAACAAUUGUUUAGAUGCAUGCCAGCAAAGCCACUACGCAACACAACACAACACAACACUAAACAAUACAUUAAUUGCACUAUAACGGGUACAAACGGUGCCCACAAACUGUUAGGGCCUACCUAAAGCUGUCCCAACAGCAUAACUUUCUUUUCAGCACCAUGGAGUGAAUCCUUAACACCGCUACACCUGGCUAUCAGCAGAGCCUUGUCUGGCAGCAAAACAGUUAAUUCAGCCUCAUUUACUGCCUUUAAAAAAAAAAAAAAAACAUAGCUGAUAUGGCUGACUUGCUUAAACAAAUGUGGUUUCUACUGACAAUUGAGAUGUACAAACUAGAGGCAAUCCGUAAUUUCGAUGAAGAUAUUAAUUAGCGAGUGAGGAUGGACGUAGUCAAUAUAACUAUUUGUUCAGCACUUUUGAAAUGUACAGCGACAGAAUUCAGAACAUGGGCCGUUCUUACAGUAUUCUCCCUGUACACCAAGUCAGAACCGUAGGAUAAAUAAAGGGGGCAUAUAAGCAGACAAUGAAAGUUCUUAUAAUAUUCAAUGAUUACAUUUCUCUACUACAGGCUAUAGGCUACAUGUCAGAACAGUAGGCUAAAUUAUGAGGGAGAAAGGGACCAGAUUAUUAGGGUGACUACUAACACUUUACUACACAACAUACAAUUAGUAUUACUUUCUUAGCAACAGUAUACAUAUCUCCCUGGCAUAUUACAUCAUUUAUGCAGCAAGACAUUUUUGGACUCACCUUGUUGUGCUGUGCUAACUUGAACAGGAAGGUGGCGUGGCGGUCCUUCUUGUGGGCAAAUUUGGUCUGGUAUUUUCUGGAUUUAUGGUGCUUUCAAGACAACUGGGAACUGAAAAAAACAUGGUUGAAUCAUGACGUCAGUGAUCUUCAGGUCGGAGCUCUAGAAAAAGAGGCCCGAGUUCCCAACUUGGAAUUCUGAGUUGGAUGACAGUUCAAAACGUAUUUUCCCAGUCAGAGCUAAUUUAUUCUGAGUUCCCAGUUGUCUUCAACUCACUGAAGUCUGAGAUUUCCCAGUUCCGAGUUUCCAGUUGUUUUGAACGUGGCAGAAGUCAUGCUGGAUUGACAGCAUGGCCAAUGUAUUCAACCUUUUCUGGCCCAUGGUGUUGCAUGUGAAUGUUUAUCCUUUUAAGCUUGGAAAAUAGACCCUUAAACCCAGACUUGGACCACACACCCACUCCACUGAAUAGCAGGCUAGUGAUUGCUUUGCAACACUUGCAGUUAGCCACUGAUUCCUUCCAAACCACUCAUUGUUGAAUUUGCAAUUUCCAACUUGUUGUGUAAUGUUUAUGUCCAAUGGCUGAUGAGCACCGAUACGUUUUAUCUAUAAUUUAUCUUGAUAUGACAAGUAUUGAAAAGGAUUUGCCAGUAGAUUGUCGACUUGAUUCAUGAUGAUGACUGCUUGUCUAGCUUGCUAACUAAGAUUUUGAAAGUAUGAUGUUGACAUGAUCAGUCCAAUCAAAGCUACGGUAGAUAUAACGUGAUUUGACGUCAUUUUAUCUGUGGCCAAUGGCCUUGAGCCUUCUUGGAUGGGCACUUCUAAUGUAACUUUAUGGCAGCACCCAAGGGGCUUGAAUUUUCUAGCUCUCCCUGUAGAUUUUGCGUUGACGUAGUGUCCCCAUGAGUGACAGAACACUGAGCCAAUCACGGCGCAACUAGAAAAUAUUACCAACCCCUAUGGUUCGUAUUUUCUGCUGGCUGCCCCACCACCACAGAAAGCACUGAGCUAGGUUGAGACACCUGCAUUUUGAAGCUGCCUUACUCAAGAAAGCAAAAAAGAGACCAUGUUUGUAUGUGGCUUUAUUAAAUCAAUGAUCUUUAUUUUAUUUUUUUACAUUGUUUGCAAACUGAUAUGUGACACGUAUUAAUGCCAAAAUAACAUGCAAAACAGGCAAAACACACAUACAUAUACAUAUAUAUAUAUACACACAGUGCAUUAGGAAAGUAUUCAGACCCCUUGACCUUUUCCACAUUUUGUUACGUUACAACCUUAUUCUAAAAAUGAUUGAAUAAAUUUUUCCCUCAUCAAUCUACACACAAUACCCUAUAAUGACAGAACGAAACAGGUUUUUUGACAUUUUUGUUAAUUUAUUAAAAAUAAAAACAACAGAAAUACCUUAUUUAUGUAAGUAUUCAGACCCUUUGCUAUGAGACUCGAAAUUAAGCUCAGGUGCAUCCUGUUUCCAUUGAUCAUCCUUGAGAUGUUUCUACAUCUUGGAGUCCACCUGUGGUAAAUUAAAUUGAUUGGACAUGAUUUGGAACGCACACACCUGGCUAUAUAAGGUCCCACAGUUGACAGUGCACGUCAGAGCAAAAACCAAGCCAUAAGGUCGUAGAGCUCCGAGACAGGAUUGUGUUGAGGCACACAUCUGGGGAAGGGUACCAAAAAAGGUCUGCAGCAUUGAAGGUCCCCAAGAACACAGUGGCCUCCAUCAUUCUUAAAUGGAAGAAGUUUGGAACCACCAAGACUCUUCCUAGAGCUGGCCACCUGGCCAAACUGAGCAAUCGGGGGAGAAGGGCCUUGGUCAGGGAGGUGACCAAGAACCCGAUGGUCAGUCUGACAGAGCUCCAGAGUUCCUCUGUGGAGAUGGGAGAACCUUCCAGAAGGACAACCAUCUCUGCAGCACUCCACCAAUCAGGCCUUUUGGUAGAGUCCAGUCCUCAGUAAAAAGCACAUGACAUCCAGCUUGGAGUUUGCCAAAAGUCCCCUAAAGGACUCUCAGACCAUGAGAAACAAGAUUCUCUGGUCUGAUGAAACCAAUAUUGAACGCUUUGGCCUGAAUGUCAAGUGUCACGUCUGGAGGAAACCUGCCACCAUCCCUACGGUGAAGCAUGGUGGUGGCAGCAUCAUGCUGUGGGGAUGUUUUUCAGCGGCAGGGACUGGAAGAACAGUCAGGAUCGAGGCAAAGAUGAAAGUAGAAAAGUACAGAGAGAUCCUUGAUGAAAACCUACUCCAGAUCGCUCAGGACCUCAGACUGGGGCAAAGGUUCACCUUCCAACAGGACAACGACCCAAAGCACACAGCCAAGACAAAGCAGGUCUCUGAAUGUCCUUGAGUGGCCCAGCCAGAGCCCGUACUAGAACCUGAUCGAACAUCUCUGGAGAGACCGGAAAAUAGCUGUGCUGCGAUGCUCCCCAUCCAACCUGACAGAGCUUGAGAAGAUCUGCAGAGAAGAAUGGGAGAAACUCCCCAAAUACAGGUGUGCCAAGCUUGUAGCGUCAUACCCAAGAAGACUCAAGGCUGUAACCGCUGCCAAAGGUGCUUCAACAAAGUACUAAGUAAAGGGUCUGAUUACUUAUGUAAUUGUGAUUUUUUUUUUGCUUUGUCAUUAUGGGGUAUUGUGUGUAGAUUGAGGAAAAAAAUAAUAUUUAAUCAAUUUUAGAAUAUCCGUUCACCUACUCUGUCUCACAAAGACACGGCGGUUGGAACUAAAAUUCUCAAAUUUGGACUCAUCAGACCAAAGGACAGAUUUCCACCGGUCAAAUGUCCAUUGCUGGUGUUUCUUGGCCCAAGCAAGUAUUUUAUUCUUAUUGGUGUCCUUUAGUCGUGGAUUCUUUGCAUCAAUUCGACCAUGAAGGCCUGAUUCACGCAGUCUCCUCUGAACAGUUGAUGUUGAGAUGUGUCGGUUACUUGAACUCUGUGAAGCAUUUAUUUGGGCUGCAAUCUGAGGUGCAGUUAAAUUAUCGUCUGUGGCGGAGGUAACUCUGGGUCUUCCUUUCCAGGCUCGGUCCUCAUGAGAGCCAGUUUAAUCAUAGCGCUUGAUGGUUUUUGUGACUGCACUUGAAGAAACUUUCCAAGUUCUUGAUAUGUUCCGGAUUGAUUGACCUUCAUGUCUUAAAGUAAUGAUGGACUGUUGUUUCUCUUUGCUUAUUUGAGCUGUUCUUGCCAUAAUAUGGACUUGGUCUUUUACCAAAUAGGGCUAUCUUCUGUAUACCACCCCUACCUUGUUACAACACAACUGAUUGGCUCAAACGCAUUAAGAAGGAAAGAAAUUCCACAAAUUAACUUUAACAAGGCACACCUGUUAAUUGAAAUGCAUUCCGGUUGACUACCUCAUGAAGCUGGUUGAGAGAACGCCAAGAGUGUGCAAAGCUGUCAUCAAGGCAAAGGGUGGCUAUUUGAAGAAUCUCCAAUAUAAAAUAUAUUUUUGAUUUGUUUAACACUUUUUUGGUUACUACAUGAUUCCAUAUGUGUUUUCAUAGUUUUGAUGUCUUCACUUUUAUUCUACAAUGUAGAAAAUAGUAAAAAAUAAAGAAAAACCCUUAAAUGAGUAGGUGUGUCAACUUUUGACUGGUACUGUGUGUAUAUAUAUAUAUAUAUGAAUGACAUGUUGCCACUGAGAAGUACAGUUGAAGUCGGAAGUUUACAUACACCUUAGCCAAAUACAUUUAAACUCAGUUUUUCACAAUUCCUGACAUUUAAUCCUAGUAAAAAUUCCCUGUUUUAGGUCAGUUAGGAUCACCACUUUAUUUUAAGAAUGUGAAAUGUCAGAAUAAUGGUAGAGAGAAUUAUUUAUUUCAGCUUUUAUUUAUUUCAUCACAUUCCCAGUGGGUCAGGAGUUUACAUAAACUCAAUUAGUAUUUGGUAGCAUUGCCUUUAAAUUGUUUAACUGGGGUCAAAUGUUUCAGGUAGCCUUCCACAAGCUUACCACAAUAAGUUGGGUGAAUUCCUCCUGACAGAGCUGGUGUAACUGAGUCAGGUUUGUAGGCCUCCUUGUUUGCACACACUUUUUCAGUUCUGCGCACACAUUUUCUAUAGGAUUGAGGUCAGGGCUUUGUGAUGGCCACUCCAAUACCUUGACUUUGUUGUCCUUAAGCCAUUUUGCCACAACUUUGGAAGUAUGCUUGGGGUCAUUGUCCAUUUGGAAGACCCAUUUGCGACCAAGCUUUAACUUCCUGACUGAUGUCUUGAGAUGUUGCUUCCUCAUGAUGCCAUCUAUAUUGUGAAGUGCACCAGUCCCACCUGCAGCAAAGCACCCCCACAGCAUGAUGCUGCCACCCACGUGCUUCACAGUUGGGAUGGUGUUCUUCGGCUUGCAAGCCACCCCCUUUCUCCUCCAAACAUAACGUUGGUCAUUGGCCAAACAGUUCUAUUUUUGUUUCAUCAGACCAGAGGACAUUUCUCCAAAAAGUACGAUCUUUGUCCCCAUGUGCAGUUGCAAACCGUAGUCUGGCUUUUUUAUGGCGGUUUUGGAGCAGUGGCUUCUUCCUUGCUGAGCGGCCUUUCAGGUUAUGUCGAUAUAGGACUUGUUUUACUGUGGAUAUAGAUACUUUUGUACUGAUUUCCUCCAGCAUCUUCACAAGGUCUUUUGCUGUUGUUCUGGGAUUGAUUUGCACUUUUCGCACCAAAGUACGUUCAUCUCUAGGAGACAGAACGCGUCUCCUUCCUGAGCGGUAUGACGGCUGCAUGGUCCUAUGGUGUUUAUACUUGCGUACUAUUGUUUGUACAGAUGAACGUGGUACCUUCAGGCGUUUGGAAAUUGCUCCCAAGGAUGAACCAGACUUGUGGAGGUCUAAACAUUUUUUUCUGAGGUCUUGGCUGAUUUAUUUUGAUUUCCCCAUGAUGUCAAGCAAAGAGGCACUACGUUUUGAAGGUAGGCCUUGAAAUACAUCCACAGGUACACCUCCAUUUGACUCAAAUGAUGUCAAUUAGCCUAUCAGAAGCUUUUAAAGCCAUGACAUCAUUUUCUGGAAUUUUCCAAGCUGUUUAAAGGCACAGUCAAUUUAGUGAAUGUAAACUUCUGACCCACUGGAAUUGUGAUAUAGUGAAUUAUAAGUGAAAUAAUCUGUCUGUAAACAAUUGUUGGAAACAUGAUUUGUGUCAUGCACAAAGUAGAUGUCCUAACCGACUUGCCAAAACUAUAGUUUGUUAACAAGAAAUUAGUGGAGUGGUUGAAAAACGAGUUUUAAUGAAUCCAACUUAAGUAACUUCCGACUUCAACUGUAUAUCCAUCCAUUCUCUGACAGAAAUGUCCUUUUAGGCAUUCACUGAGUUUGUAAUUCUCAUUGAGAUAAAAUCUUGCAAGAGAGACCUGUUAAAGAGACCCAUGGAAGGCUGAAUCCCUGGCCAGUGUUGUAUUUCUGGCUAUUUCUCUCCUUUCUUACUGUCAGCCUGUGUAUUGAUAUAUUUAAAUGCAUGUUUGAUAUGAUUUAAUCUUGAUUUGACUUAAUUUGCUCAACCUUUUCCAGGAUGGCACAGGGAUCCCACUGCAGUAUUGGGGCGUGUUCGACGGUCACGCAGGCUCAGGUUGUGCCAUCAUGGCAUCUAAACUCCUCCAUCGCCUCAUCAGAGACAGACUGGGGGACAUCGCCCACCUGCUGGAAAACCCCUCCGUGACGCCCCCUAUCUGCCUGGCCAAGAACGGCAGCCCCUACCAGGUGGAGGUGAAGAAGGGAGCAAAUUCCACCCAGGACCCAGAGGACCCUGACGCCAUCACUGACCCCUCCAUCCGCUUCCACACCGAGAAGACUGUCAGUCUGGAGAGUCUGAUCAUGGGCAUCAUAGAAAAUGCCUUCAAACAGAUGGUAAGACACAGGCGUAUGCUAACGGCAUAUCGCCUUCAUUUGUGAAAUAUCGUUCUACUCGUCUCAGUGAAGCCUGGGAGUCCAAGAGAACAUUUUGUUUCCAGAAUCAAAUGCACAGAUGAUUUAUUUUUUAGGCAGACUUUAUCUCUCAGUAAUUGCAAACAUUUCAUGUUAAGUAUAACCUCCUCAAAGGGCUGCUGACUUCCUUCUAUAACCCAAUGAGUGAAUACCGUUUUGUUUCCGGUUGAUUACAGGAUGAACUGAUAGAGAAAGAGAAGAUGUCCUAUACCAUCUCUGGUGGAUGUUGUGCCUUGGCUGCCAUCCAUUUAAUGGGGAAGCUUUACGUUGCCAAUGCAGGAGACAGCAGGUAGGUCAACUGCAGGUCAAACUCGAAUAGCAGCAGAUUGCCCAUAAUGACUAAUGGAUUACAGGCCUACUUGUUGUACACAUUCAAUUCAAUGUAUUCGAUGCAGAGUUGAAUGACUGAAAGAGAGGUUAAAGGAAGUGACACAACAUGAUGCCCAUAACCUUUGAUUCAAAGAAGCUGUUCCCGUUGGUCAUGCUCAAAAUAAUCUCACACAGCAGUUCUUAUGACCUCUGCUGGCCGCUCUUUGUACUGCAACACCAUUCAUCAUGUACUGUAAACUCCUGGUAGGAUAUGCCCAUAAGCACAAAUCUAGGAUCGUUAUACUGUUUCCAAAUCUUAACCUCAACCCUUAGGGGGGAACAAAUCUAGACUGACUUUAGAUCAGUGUCUUGGAGCGAUAAUCAUCCUGUAACGUGCUGUGCUGACCCUCUUAACUCCACAUUAUCUGUCCCGUGUCCUCCUAAUAUGGGGUCACAUUAUGGUGUCUGUCUUUGUCUUUAUGCAGUACAUUGUACCUCCCAUAUCAAUAGAAUCACUACUCAUUCUACUUUGGUUCUUCCUCUGUUUCUACAGAGCCAUCAUCAUCCGUAACGGUGAAGUCAUCCCCAUGUCCAAUGAGUUCACGCCCGAGUCAGAGAGGCAGCGUCUGCAGUAUCUGGUGAGGAUGGGGUUGAUGCAUUUAUUCAUGAUUUCCUUAUUUAAAAAGAGAUUUCACAAAUAAAUUAAAGUGUCAGAUGUUUCCAGACUUUAGAGGUCUGAAAACAUCGGACAAACUUUGAUUUGAAAGUGUAAUGUCCCUUUAACCAGGUGAGUCCCAUCACCGUGAGAUAUGAAUAGAUUUUUCAAGGGUGCCUUGGCCAAGAGGAAGAUGCACGGGGGAGGUAUUGUUAUUUAACAUAUGAUUCAGACUACAUCUUUAUUCAUUGACUGUCUGUUGGUCUAAAUUAAGCUGGAGUGGGUAGCUGUGUGGGAGAGGGGUGGAACCCUCAGGGAGAGGAAUGAAAAGUACCAAGUUUGUGUUUCACAGUUAUGUAAUUUUCUACUGUCACUUUUCCUACUGCCAUGACGCUUCCUUUAGGAUAUGUUUAUUGCUCCAUUUACACUAAAAAACAUCUAAUUCCAAAACCAAUGGCAUUAAUAUGGAGUUGGUCCCUCGUUUGCUGCUAUAACAGCCUCCACUCUUCUGGGAAGGCUUUCCACUAGAUGUUGGAUCAUUGCUGCGGGGACUUGCUUCCAUUCAGCCACAAAAGCAUUAGUGAGAUCGGCACUGAUGUUGGGCGAUUAGGCCUGGCUCGCAGUCUGCGUUCCAAUUCAUACCAAAGGUGUUCGAUGGGGUUGAGGUCAGGGCUCUGAGCAGGCCAGUCAAGUUCUUCCACACCAAUCUCGACAAACCAUUUCUGUAUGGACCUCGCUUUGUGCACGGGGGCAUUGACAUGCUGAAACAGGAAAGGGCCUUCCCCAAACUGUUGCUACAAAGUUGGAAGCACAGAAUCAUCUAGAAUGUCAUUGUAUGCUGUAGUGUUAAGAUUUCCCUUCACUGGAACUAAGGGGCCUUGCCCAAACCAUGGGAAAUAGCCCCAGACCAUUAUUCCUCCUCCACCAAACUUUACAGUUGGCACUAUGCAUUCAGGCAGGUAGCGUUCUCCUGGCAUCCGCCAAACCCAGAUUCGUCCAUCGGACUGCCAGAUGGUGAAGCAUAAUUCAUCACUCCAGAGAACACAUUUCCACUGCCCCAGAGUCCAAUGGCGGCGAGCUUUACACCACUCCUGCCAACGCUUGACAUUGUGCAUGUUGGUCUUAGGCUUGUGUGCGGCUGCUCGGCCAUGGAAACCCAUUUCAUGAAGCUCCCGACUAACAGUUUUUGUGCUGAUAUUGCUUCGUUGCUUCCAGAGGCAGUUUGGAAUUCAGUAGUGAGUGCUGCAACUGAGGACAGACGAUUUGUACGCGCUACGCGCUUCAGCACUCUGCGGUCCCGUUCUGUGAGCUUGUGUAGCCUACAACUUCCUCGUUGAGCCAAUGAUUCUCCUAGACGUUUCCACUUCACAAUAACAUAACUUACAGUUGACCCGGGGCAGCUCUAGCAGGGCAGAAAUUUGACGAACUGACUUGUUGGAAAGGUGGCAUCCUAUGAUGGUGCCACGUUGAAAGUCACUGAGCUCUUCAGUAAGACCAUUCUACUGCCAAUGUUUUACCUAUGGAGAUUGCAUGGCUGUUUGCUCGAUUUUAUACACCUGUCAGUAACGGGUGUGGCUGAAAUAGACUAAUCCACUAAUUUGAAGGGGUGCCCACAUACUUUGGUAAAUAUAGUGUAUGAAUUGUAAGAGCCAUUUCGUCACAAGACAAGUCCAUUUGACAUGACACUUUGUCAUGUAUAGUUUUGUCAACAUUAGCUCUGCUCUGUGUCCCUGCAGGGCUUCCUGAGAUCGGAGCUGCUUGGGAAUGAGUUCACACACUUGGAGUUCCCUCGCAGGAUCCAGCACAAGGAGCUGGGCAAGAAGAUGCUCUUCAGGGACCACACAAUGAAUGGCUGGUAAAUGACAGCUGUUGUCUAACAUAUGCGGUUCAUUGUAUUUUUAAUGGUCAGGGCCAGGAGUUUUUACAGACCACGUAAUCUGACCAGGAAAACUCGCUGCCCUAUAAAAGCCUCUAUGACAGUGUACUGGAUCAAGAGAUAAAAAAAAAGUAGGCUAUAUACUUGAAGAAUAUAAUCACUAAUCCAUAACCUGUGUCCUGUUGGUUUGUUGCAGGGCUUACAAGACCAUCAUAGAAGACGACCUCAAGUUCCCGCUUAUAUAUGGAGAGGGCAAAAAGGUGAAGCACUUUGUCAUGUUUAUGGACUUUGGGCACUGGUGGACAUCAUAACAGAACAGCACAGUAGAUGUAUGGUACUGUAAGGUCUACCAUUGGCAGAGCCACAGUAGUUUGUUCCGGACCACAUUACCACCUGACCAGGUAAAACCCUGCCCAAGUCAUGGGACAUUUGAUAUACACAGUAGAGUAUAUCUUGGUCUUCAAACUAAAUGUAGAUGUACUGUUGUCCACAUCAUAUGUUACCCCUGACAGAAAGAAAACUUAGCUGCUUAGCUUAGUGUAUGCUUAGCUGUUAGUUCACCAGCAGGACAGAUAUAGCAAGAUAUAACUUUUAGUUAUUCAUUCCGCUAUGUGUGGGAGGACUUCUAAUGCAAGUACAUGGUUGUUGUUCAACUCUCCCAGUCUUUAGCUGUGUGGUAAAAGAGACACACUGAAAACAUUAUUCUCCCAUGCAGAAAAGUGCUCCUGAGUCACUAAUCCCUCAUAAGUGGAUUUUCCUAGAAUCAAGGAACACCCACAGGCACUAACCCGGAUCACUCACUAUGUGUGUGUUUGUGUUGUGUGUUUAUGUUGUGUGUAGGCCCGUGUCAUGGCCACCAUUGGGGUAACACGUGGCCUAGGGGAUCAUGACCUAAAGGUGUACAACUCCAACAUCUACAUCAAACCCUUUCUCUCCUGCUGCCCAGAGGUGAGCGAGACAUGUCAUGCUGCCUGUGUCUAGAACCAUGUAUCACACACCGUCUGUAAGAUCAUGGCUUGUCUAGAAGCAUCCCAGUGUGUUCCAAGGCUUGGAGGAUAUCUAAUGACGUAUGUUUACUUUAUUUUGGCUCAUCAGUCAAUAUAUUGUACAACACUUUAUUGAAUAUCCUGAAAAGCGAAGAAAUCUGAUCUAAAUCCAUUGAUAGCUAGGAAACCUCUUGCUCUGAUUUAAUACUGUAUUAUAGCUAUUUUUAAUACUGUACAUACACUCCCUCCCUCCUUUAUCUGUUGCUCCUCCCUCCUUUACCCGUCGCUCCUACAGGUGAUAGUGUACGACAUGUCUGAGUACAAGCAUGGCCCUAAUGACGUGCUGGUGAUGGGUACAGAUGGGCUGUGGGACGUGACCACGGACAGGGAGGUAGCAGACGCAGUUUCAGGCUUCCUGUCCUGCUGCGAGCCCACUGAUCCUGUGAGGUAUGUACUGUAAUCUCUAGUCUAUAAUCUACACAGUACAGUAUAUGGUCAUGCUACUCUCUGUCUAUAAGCUAAAGACAGUAUACAGCCAUGUUGCUUUGGCAGCUUGCAUGCAUGCAUCAAAUAUAAUCUAGGAAUUAGAUGUAUGAUUAACAAGAUUUUGCAAGCCGGCGCAGUACACUCCAUUUGUAGGAAUCAACCGCUUAUCAAAACAUGUGGAAGAUAAAUAUUCCUAACCUCGCAAUAUACUUCCCUUUUGAGAGCCAUUGAACUAUGCACUGAUUCAGAGAUGUCUGAGGAACCACAGGGAUGAACAGAACAGAGCCAAAGAAUGUCAGGGCAAUGGUGCAACUAAUAUAGGCCUAUAGAGGCCAGGUAAAACCUGAACAUGAGUACUGAGUAAUAUCUGGACUAGGCCAACAUAACAAUGGAUGGUCCACAUUCAGAAACUAACUAAAUGCAGAGACACAUAGAAUAACUAGUUACACAUUAUAACAGUGAUAUGUGAAUGCUUCCAUAUGCCGUUACACCAUAGCUUGUGCAAAGCACUGGUGGCAAUAUUCCAACUAACCUGUACUUGGUGAUACUUUCUUCGUUCUCGAUUCGGAAAAAAUGUGUCUCUUAUAAAUGUCCGUGUCCAGUUACAGGUGGUACUCCAUAAAACAGAGAAUAUUCAGAAAUAUAUUAAAACCACUUCUUGCACAGAGUGAGGAGUUAUUUCGCAAUUUUAGCUGCCAGACAGCUUGCAUUUCCCAACAUCUUUGCAGGAACUAGUCGUUUCUAUGCAACACGGCCACAUGGAGAAGUAGAUGACAGCGCGUCACACAGUGCGACCAAAACAAAGAUCUCUCACUCUAUACAAAAAGAGGAUUUCAUAUUUUUCUGAAAAUUCUCUGGUUUUUGGAGUUCCACCUGCAACUGGACAGAAGUUUAUAAGAGACAAGUUUCUUCCGAAUCGAGAACGAAGGAAGUAUACAGAGUAACGUGUAUGGAAGCAUUGCCAUAUCACCUUUACAAUGUGUAGCUAAUAGAAUAACACGAUAAGCAGAACUAUAAUGCUUCAAUAAACAGCUUGACAUAAAUAUGAAAACGCCAUUAGUUUGGUUAAUGAGAAUGCACAUGUUAGCAUUAGUGUGCUAGCGCUACAAACAAUACCAAACAAUCUAAUAAUAAGGCAUUGUGGUAGCGCGAGACAAUACCAGGACAGGUAAGAGACAUGCAUGAAGUUCAACACAAACACAGUAGAAUAAUUAUGUUAGCAUAGUCAACAUUGUACUGACAAUAUGGUUGAAUGACCAUUUCCCUCUCUUUUUUUGUAAACUCACCUGACUCCCAAGGGAGGUGAUUGACCAACAUACCGGAAGCAGAGAAUGACUGGAUUGCCUUGUCAGUAGAUAGGAGCUGGGCCUUGUCAUGGAAGGAUGUGAUUCUUAUUAGGGGAAUACAUUGUGAGAGGGCUUAUACUAUUAGAGUUGCUACCAAUAAAAACAGAGUAGAUAUUGAAUAUUCAGGUAGCCUUGAAAAAAAUCACUGAAUAUUGGUUAGAAAAGGAGGAGUAAUUAAAUGAUAUAUCCACUAGAGGUCAGUCUCUAGCCUGUACAAAUUAGUAUGUAAUUUUUUUAUGGCAAUACCAUUUUGACAAACACCUUCACAUACACAUAUUUGGGAUGAAUUACAUUUCAAACUCUAUUCAUGAACAUAAAAAAUACUCAUUUGAAAUAAAUAGCACUUUUCAAUGUUUUGACCCCAACACUGUUUACAUCCAGAUACACACUGGCCGCCCAGGACCUGUUGAUGCGGUCGCGAGGGGUCCUGAAGGAGAGGGGCUGGCGGUUACCCAAUGAGAGGCUGGGUUCAGGAGACGACAUCACUUGUUAUGUUAUCCCCUUGGCGGGACCGACAGGGCCCGAGACAGAGACAUGA